AUGUCACAAGAUCGAUCGCCAUCGCCAAAUUAUUUAACUGUUUCGAAAACUGAAACUUCAACGAAUCAUAGGUCGCCAGAAAAACCCCAUUCAAAUACCACUGCUGCUAAUAAUAACUCCACAAUUUUCAAAACACCGGAUGCAAGGAAGAUAAGAGGUAAUAAUGGAGGGCUAACAAGGUCUUUGACGGUAGGUUCUGGAUCGAAAUCUCCUGUCCGAAGGCACCUACGUACAAUGAGUAUUACAAGCAAUACUUCUCCUGCAUGCAAUUCAACAACAAAUAGUGCAAGGAAAGGGAUAAACAUUGGUAUAAGUCUAGUCGGACCGGUUCCGAGUGGUUCAAAUGGAACUGUAAAUAAAGAAAAGGAUUUAACCUCCAAAACGCCGAGAAGGAAGCUGUUUCCUUCUAAACAAAUUUUUGUUCAAUCUGCUUCUCCCAAUUUGAAUGAACUUGACGAGGAGCAACAUGUUGAGAUGCAGACUCGGGAAAAUCUGGAGGUAAACAAUAAUGAUAUUACAUCAAUAAUGAAUAGCUCCCCAACCCCGCUAUCACCGUCAAAACUCGAUAGUAUUCCUCAGGAUGAACUAUCAGAAAAUUUUAGAUUAUUAGCAUCUAAAGAAAUGGAGGUUUUAGAAAUCAAAAACCAGCUAAAGGAUCUGCUUCAAAGAAAAAAAGAUAAAGAGUUUGAACUACAACAAUUGAAACUAAAAAUCGAAAAACAACUGAUGGCAAACUUGAAACAGCAAAAUAACGACCAGUACCGCCACAGAUUUGAGCAGCAUACACCAAAAUCUCCUACAAGUUUACAGAAGUCAGUUGUACAGCCUUCAAGUUCUUAUGUUGACCCUCUUAUGGACGAUUCAUUCUUCCCUGUGUCGUCAAAUAGUGCAGAUGAUGAAAGAAGUAAACGACAAUCGUGGUUUGCAAAGCCAUUAAACUUUAUUCAACAGUUUGAUAGCCUAAUUUACAAAGAAUUUGAGAAGCUACAAAUCCCAGAUGAUGAUGAGUUGAAUGUUUGUAAGGAUACCAGCGUUCUGGAUAUGAGUUAUACUCUUGAUCAGUCUAAAUCACUUAAACCAAAAGAGAUCAAUGCGCCGAUUAAAUCUCUAGCGGGUGAUGGAGAUGCAUCAGGCACUGAUGUAGUGCAAUCCAUGUCUCAGCACUUGUGGUCAUUCGUCAACGAUGUUAAGUCAAACUUGCUGGUUGAAGAAAAUGAACCCGUCAGUCAACCCCCAUCAGAAUCAUCUGUAAAGUCGAGCUCACAAUUAGUGAAUCCAAAGAAUCGUCUGAGAACUGCGUCGAUUUCCAAGCGUCAAUCAUACAGCCAACAUAAUCACAAAAAAAGGUCCAGCUCGAAUUCAUUAAAAAAUGAAGCUGUGCAUAGUGGGAAUAAUGAUAAGCAGGAUAUUAGAGAUGAGUUUACUACUGAGAGGAUUUCAAGUGUGGUCCAGAGUAUAUCCAAACACGAUGACUCCGGCUCAGAAAUAGCAACGGAGAUGAAAUCAGGGGUUCCGGAUAAAACUUUGGAUAAGUAUAUAAAAGACUCCGAUUUAUGGGAUAGCGAGCCACUGGAUUUAUAA